GUGUGAGCAAUGACGGAAGUGGGAGACGACCAAAGAACAAGGCAGGGGCUGAGAGCUCAAAGUGCCUUCACCAGAGCCCCCAGGCUGAGAGCAAGAAAGAAGAACUUCUGUCCCAAGGAAAGUGAGGCAAGGACAUCAUUGGAGCCAACAUUUGCUUCAAGUUCCUGUGGCUGCUGACACUGUGCAGGACACUGAUGGCACCUGGCAGAGGAUGCUUCGCCCUGGCCAUUCUGCUGGCAAUCGUGGACACCCAGCUUGGUGAGGGCAUGCAGAUCCAAAGCUCAUUUCACAAGGAAGGAAAACAACUACGCUUGAUCUGUACUUUGCUGUAUAAGAAAGAAGAGGCUGAGGGGGUUAUAGUGUUUUUGUGCAAGAACAGAUCUUCUGACUGUUUCCCCGAGACCAGCUUGCAGCAACAGAGACUUAAACGGAAUCCUGGGAGAGAUGGUGUCAGUGAAAUACCAUCUCAUUUGGUGUUCACCAUAAACCAAAUCACACCAUCAGACAGCGGGACCUACCAGUGUUGUGCCAUAAGCCGGAAGCCAGACAUCCGCCUUCAGGGUCACUUUUUCUCUAUUUUAGUCACAGAGACAGGGAACUAUACAGUGAAAGGACUGAAACGAACAGAACACCCCAAGUUCAAUCACAGCAAAGGCAUUCUCAGUUCAGGCUUCCUGCAAGAAAACGCCUGGGUGAUGCUGGUCACUAGCCUGAUGACCUUGGCCCUUCAAGCUUUGUAAGCCUUGUGCCAGAAACUUAAAAAAAAAAAAAAAAAGUUACAGCAAGAUAAACCUGACUCUCUUUAGCUUGCUACCUUUCACAUUACAAAAUACAGAGAGAAGAUACUGCACAGGGGAGGAGAUGCUAAAUAUGCCAAGAAUCUGGGGAAUGCAAGGUGGGACAAAUGAAUAUAUUCCUUGACCUCCCCUCCUCAUCACCACAGGAAACCUGCCUUUCUUUCUCCCUCUGUCACCACUUAAAAAAGAAAAAAAGAAAAAAAAAAAGAACAGCUUUCACAAAAGUGGCUGGUGGACAGUUCUCACUAAAAUGCUGGAUAAGUAUGCAGUAUGUGUGUUUUUGUACCGAAGAAAAAGUCUUCCUCCCCCUUCUCUAACAUGGUAAAUAAAGAAGGCAGCCAAACAAAUUGAGAACACAAGUUUUUUGGGGAAGAAAUUUUUAUUUAACACUAAAAAGAAGAGAAAAGAAACAAGCAAAGAUAUGUAGGAUAGGAAAAGAGCCAGAGCCCAGUGACUAACUUGGCAUGAAAAUGAAGAAAUGGAGAGACCCCGGCAUUCAACAGCACCCCCACAGCACAAGGAAGUUUCGUGCACCCAGGUGCACCACAAAGCAUAACUGCCCAGCUUCAACCAAGUAUUUGUCAGCCUCUUUGGUCAUAUCUCUUUCCUUUUAAAUAAAUGCCCAGAGCAGUAUUUGCAGCCUUUUCUUCCCUCCUAAAUUCACAAAUCCUCUUGUCUUUCUCUUCAGACAGAUGACCUUUUGUCAUAGUCAAGUGGGGGUAGGGGGAAGGGGCAGAGGACGACAUCUACAGGAGACUCUAAGAACACAGACAAUUUCACUGGAGCUAAAUAGCAAACCAUCAAAAGGAAACAGACAGCUUACCUGCGAUCCUUGGCCAGGACCUGCCAAAUGUGGGAGCAAAGUUUUGUGGGAAGAGAGAGAGAAAAGGCAGAAAAAGAUGGCUUAGACCCUUAUUAGUGAUGGCGUCGACCCUCAAACUAAGGACUCUGGAUUUUGUGCCUUAUGGAGGGU